CGCGAAAUCGGAUUCACAAUCAAAUCCUUUUGCGAGUUCGAGGAGUGCACACCGGUGGUCGCAUCCGCAUCCGCAUUCGCAGCCGCAUUCGCAACCGAAAUCCGCGCUUCAAUCUAGACCAUAGUACCAUCAUGGAUAUCUCCGCCUACCAGCACAUGAACAUCCGGAUGAGCACGCGAGGCAAGCGUCCGCUGAGGAAUCUCACGCCAAACGAUAAGGUGCGCGCCAUACAGCGCAUACACAACGGGGAAACGAAGGCCAGUGUUUCGCGGGAUAUCGGAGUGCCAGAGUCCACUUUACGGGGCUGGUGCAAGAAUGAGCAAAAGCUGAGGUUUAUGUGCCGCCAGCUGGGUCCCGAUCAUUUGGGCCUCGAUACUCCUCCAGAAAAACGCGCCAAGUUCGAAUUGCAGCUGCAACUGCCGCCAAAGUUUGUGGCCCUGCCUCCAAAUUACGAGGAGCUGGGCUUCGGUGCACUGCCCUACUCUCCUGCCGAUUAUCCAGUUCAGGGGGAGUCCUUGCUGGAGAAGCUUAGUCUGGUGGAAUUUGUCAAAAAGAAUGGAGGACUGCAUCCGGAGGCAAUGCAUCCCGGUCAGUCCGGUGUGGUGGAUUACUCCAAUAACAUGCUGCACCAGCUGAACCUUCUCGCCUUGCUCAACUCCAAGCUUACACCCCCAAAUGCAGAGGUCCCAUUGUUGGAUGCACCCAAAUCGGAGGACAACAAAGUGGUUGAUUCGCCAGCAACUUCAGAGGAUUACAGCAAGAGCACUUAUCCCCUGCUGAGUGUCAAGAACUGGGCCAAGGACCCGGCCAAACGGGUGAAUCUUGACAAUCAGCCGGAGCCAGUUAAUGAUAAGAACAAUAAUGCUCUGGAUGGACAACAGGUUUUGGGCACGGAGCAGUCAGCCAAGUCAGGGAUUUUCCCGGACACCACCACCAUGCCACAGCUACUGCCAGCCCCCAGCUUCCCCAAUCCCGCGGAAAUAGCGCCUGUGAUAGCACCUACGGGUAACUCCACCACUCCAAAUGGAACUGAAGGCCAGGGAGGAGCUGCCCUGCUGGACUGGUGCAAACUCUUUAAUGCCAGUCUGAACUUUUUGGCCUUUGCAGCCGCGGCAGCAUCCAUGCAACCCGGCGGCGGAGGAAGUGCCCCCAGCAUCAGCUACAACCCCAACCAACUGGGUGCAACUGGAGGCUCAGAGCCUGAUCUAGAGACAUAUCCAUUUAACGAAGGCCUGCUGAAACGCCUCAGUCCGUUGGCCCACAGUGAGGCCUCCAACGAAAGUUACUGUGACAGCGAACCGGAGGAUCUGUCCGUACGAUCCUGCGCCUCUAAGGCCUCCAGCAGAUCCCACACCCCAGACAAGAGCAUCGGAUCCAGCGAUGCCGAACAGUAGACCCCUUAGACACUCUAGUUUCAUAGUUCAUAGUGUAAAUACCUCCAUUUUUAAUUGUUAAUAGAUAACAUACCUUUAGUAUUUUUAGGACAACAAUAACAACACGAAUCAUUUCGCAAUGCAAAUGCCAUUUGUACUUAUCAAUUAACAAUGUAUGUUAAUAUCAAUGCAACAGGUAUUAAUAGAUCAGCUUACUAUAGCCUAGUAUUAACUAGAAAUAUCGACUGUGUGACCACUUGUUUGAAAACCAAAUUCAAUUCAUCUACACUUAUAAUAACAAAUACUAAUUGUGUUAAGUAGCUUAAUUAUUUGGCACGUUCGUCAGCCAUUCCAAUUGAUUUGUUUUCGUACUGCUGUAAUCUCCGUAACUCUUAAUAAGAAUAUAAACUAAUUACUAAUUAAACGAAUAAAUAUUUAUUAACAAAACAAAAAUAAAAUUUAAAGUGUCAAU